AUGGUCGUCCACAGGGCCGCCUGGCCCCUGCACGACGCUCAUGGUCGUCCACAGGGCCGCCUGCCCCUGCACGACGCUCAUGGUCGUCCACAGGGCCGCCUGCCCCUGCACGACGCUCAUGGUCGUCCACAGGGCCGCCUGCCCCUGCACGACGCUCAUGGUCGUCCACAGGGCCGCCUGGCCCCUGCACGACGCUCAUGGUCGUCCACAGGGCCGCCUGCCCCUGCACGACGCUCAUGGUCGUCCACAGGGCCGCCUGACCCCUGCACGACGCUCAUGGUCGUCCACAGGGCCGCCUGGCCCCUGCACGACGCUCAUGGUCGUCCACAGGGCCGCCUGCCCCUGCACGACGCUCAUGGUCGUCCACAGGGCCGCCUGGCCCCUGCACGACGCUCAUGGUCGUCCACAGGGCCGCCUGGCCCCUGCACGACGCUCAUGGUCGUCCACAGGGCCGCCUGGCCCCUGCACGACGCUCAUGGUCGUCCACAGGGCCGCCUGCCCCUGCACGACGCUCAUGGUCGUCCACAGGGCCGCCUGCCCCCUGCACUAUUAAUUACUCUUCCCUCCUUCAACCCACUCCCACCGGCCCGACCUUCAACCCACUCCCACCGGCCCGACCUUCAACCCACUCCCACCGGCCCGAGCUUCAACCCACUCCCACCGGCCAGUCCUUCAACCCACUCCCACCGGCCCGUCCUUCAACCCACUCCCACCGGCCCGUCCUUCAACCCACUGCCACCGGCCCGACCUUCAACCCACUCCACCGGCCCGUCCUACAACCCACUCCCACCGGCCCGACCUUCAACCCACUCCCACCGGCCCGUCUUACAACCCACUCCCACCGGCCCGACCUUCAACCCACUCCCACCGGCCCGUCCUACAACCCACUCCCACCGGCCCGACCUUCAACCCACUCCCACCGGCCCGACCUUCAACCCACUCCCACCGGCCCGACCUUCAACCCACUCCCACUGGCCCGACCUUCAACCCACUCCCACCGGCCCGUCCUACAACCCACUCCCACCGGCCCGACCUUCAACCCACUCCCACCGGCCCGACCUUCAACCCACUCCCACCGGCCCGACCUUCAACCCACUCCCACCGGCCCGUCCUACAACCCACUCCCACCGGCCCGACCUUCAACCCACUCCCACCGGCCCGACCUUCAACCCACUCCCACCGGCCCGACCUUCAACCCACUCCCACCGGCCCGACCUUCAACCCACUCCCACCGGCCCGACCUUCAACCCACUCCCACCGGCCCGACCUUCAACCCACUCCCACCGGCCCGACCUUCAACCCACUCCCACCGGCCAGACCUUCAACCCACUCCCACCGGUCCAACCUUCAACCCACUCCCACCGGCCCGACCUUCAACCCACUCCCACCGGCCCGACCUUCAACCCACUCCCACCGGCCCGACCUUCAACCCACGCCCACCGGCCCGAUCUUCAACCCACGCCCACCGGCCCGACCUUCAACCCACUCCCACCGGCCCGUCCUUCAACCCACUCCCACCGGCCCGUCCUUCAACCCACUGCCACCGGCCCGACCUUCAACCCACUCCCACCGGCCCGUCCUACAACCCACUCCCACCGGCCCGUCCUUCAACCCACUCCCACCGGCCCGUCUUACAACCCACUCCCACCGGCCCGACCUUCAACCCACUCCCACCGGCCCGUCCUUCAACCCACUCCCACCGGCCCGACCUUCAACCCACUCCCACCGGCCCGACCUUCAACCCACUCCCACCGGCCCGACCUUCAACCCACUCCCACUGGCCCGACCUUCAACCCACUCCCACCGGCCCGUCCUACAACCCACUCCCACCGGCCCGACCUUCAACCCACUCCCACCGGCCCGACCUUCAACCCACUCCCACCGGCCCGACCUUCAACCCACUCCCACCGGCCCGUCCUACAACCCACUCCCACCGGCCCGACCUUCAACCCACUCCCACCGGCCCGACCUUCAACCCACUCCCACCGGCCCGACCUUCAACCCACUCCCACCGGCCCGACCUUCAACCCACUCCCACCGGCCCGACCUUCAACCCACUCCCACCGGCCCGACCUUCAACCCACUCCCACCGGCCCGACCUUCAACCCACUCCCACCGGCCAGACCUUCAACCCACUCCCACCGGUCCAACCUUCAACCCACUCCCACCGGCCCGACCUUCAACCCACUCCCACCGGCCCGACCUUCAACCCACUCCCACCGGCCCGACCUUCAACCCACGCCCACCGGCCCGAGCUUCAACCCACGCCCACCGGCCCGACCUUCAACCCACUCCCACCGGCCCGACCUUCAACCCACUCCCACCGGCCCGACCUUCAACCCACUCCCACCGGCCCGUCCUUCAACCCACUCCCACCGGCCCGACCUUCAACCCACUCCCACCGGCCCGACCUUCAACCCACUCCCACCGGCCCGUCCUUCAACCCACUCCCACCGGCCCGACCUUCAACCCACUCCCACCGGCCCGUCCUUCAACCCACUCCCACCGGCCCGUCCUUCAACCCACUCCCACCGGCCCGACCUUCAACCCACUCCCACCGGCCCGACCUUCAACCCACUCCCACCGGCCCGACCUUCAACCCACUCCCACCGGCCCGACCUUCAAACCACGCCCACCGGCCCGACCUUCAACCCACGCCCACCGGCCCGACCUUCAACCCACGCCCACCGGCCCGACCUUCAACCCACGCCCACCGGCCCGUCCUUCAACCCACGCCCACCGGCCCGACCUUCAACUCACGCCCACCGGCCCGACCUUCAACCCACGCCCACCGGCCCGACCUUCAACCCACGUCCACCGGCCCGACCUUCAACCCACGCCCACCGGCCCGGCCUUCAACCCACGCCCACCGGCCCGUCCUUCAACCCACGCCCACCGGCCCGACCUUCAACCCACGCCCACCGGCCCGACCUUCAACCCACGCCCACCGGCCCGACCUUCAACCCACGCCCACCGGCCCGACCUUCAACCCACGCCCACCGGCCCGUCCUUCAACCCACGCCCACCGGCCCGUCCUUCAACCCACGCCCACCGGCCCGACCUUCAACCCACGCCCACCGGCCCGACCUUCAACCCACGCCCACCGGCCCGACCUUCAACCCACGCCCACCGGCCCGACCUUCAACCCACGCCCACCGGCCCGACCUUCAACCCACGCCCACCGGCCCGACCUUCAACCCACUCCCAGUACCAUCAAAUUACCCUUCAGACACAGCUGCCAAGCACCAUCCUCAGUCCGCUAUCAUUUACCACCACCAAGAACUCAAUCCCACCUACCCCCACCUACUCCCACCUACCCCUGCCUACCCCAUCUACCCCCACCUAUCCCCAUCUACCCCCAUCUACCCCCAUCUACCCCCACCUACCCCCAUCUGCCAAGUUUGA